AUGCCGUUCGUGGAUGACGGGUUUGAAGCUCUUCUAGAGCCAUUCUACAACGGCAAGAAGCUUACAGACCCAAUCUCUACCAAGGAGGAUAAGUUCCAGCUAUUACCAGCGUUCCUCAAAGUCAAAGGUCUUGUUAAGCAACAUAUCGACUCAUACAACUUCUUCGUUGAGCAUGAAAUAAAAGAGAUUGUACGCGCAAACCGGACGAUCCGAAGCGAUGUAGACAGCAACUUCUGGCUUGAAUUCCGCGACAUUCGAGUCCUACGCCCUCGCCGACAAGAUCAUGCAGAUAUUAAGACACGACAUAAUGUAUCUCCAAUGGAGUGCCGCCUCCGCGACAUGACAUAUGCUGCGCCAAUCGAAGUCGAUAUCGUUUAUAUUCGAGACAAGCAGAAGAUCUCCCGUAAAAAUGUCCCACUUGGGCGCAUGCCCGUCAUGCUGAAGAGCUCCAGAUGCUGGCUCAGUGGUGCGACCAAUGCUCAGAUGGAGUCAAUGAACGAAUGCCCGCUGGAUCCGGGCGGCUAUUUCAUCAUAAAUGGCACCGAGAAGGUCAUCCUGAUCCAGGAACAGCUGUCGAAGAACCGAGUCAUUGUCGAGGCCGACGAAAAGAACAAUAUCAUCACAGCUUCGUGUACCAGCUCAACCCACGAGCGUAAAUCAAAGACGAGCGUUACACUGAAGAAGGAUAAGAUCACCCUUGUACACAAUGUACUCGUCGAGAAUAUCCCCAUCGUCAUUGUCUUGAAAGCCAUGGGUGGUCUGUCCGACUACGAGAUUAUGCAGCUCGUUGCAGGCUCUGAUGGUAGAUACCAAGAUGAAUUUGUCAUCAACUUUGACGAGGCUACUCGCGUUGGCGUCUUCACUCAGCAGCAAGCCUUGGAAUAUAUUGGGGCGCGGGUAAAGAUGGGAUCCAAAAGAGGCCAGUUUGGUCCUAUGCCUCGCCGAAACAACAUUGAAGAUGGACUUGAUGCUCUGUCCAACCUGGUCGUUGCACACGUACCCAUCGAAGGCCUCGAUUUCUAUCCCAAGGCUAUUUAUCUUGCGAUGAUGACUCGAAAGGUGCUCAUGGCCUCUCAGAAUACCAAGCUUGUCGACGACAGGGACUUUGUCGGUAACAAACGACUGGAGUUGGCAGGCCAACUUUUGUCGCUUCUGUUCGAAGACAAUUUUAAGCGGUUCAUGGGCGAAGUUAAGCUGUCCAUUGACAAAUUCCUCAAGAAGCACAACCGCGGAGUUGCCCUCGAUGCUGUGCAAAUGGUCAGCAACCACGCCAAUACCAUUGGGAUGGGCAUAAACCGUGCUAUCCAGACAGGAAACUGGACUGUGAAGCGUUUCAACAUGAAUCGGGCUGGUGUCACCCACGUGCUGAGCCGUCUAAGUUACAUCAGUGCCCUGGGAAUGAUGACGAGAAUCAGCAGUCAGUUCGAGAAAACCCGAAAAGUCAGUGGUCCAAGAGCUCUUCAGCCUUCGCAAUGGGGAAUGCUGUGUACAUCAGAUACACCCGAAGGAGAAGCUUGUGGUCUGGUCAAGAACUUGGCUCUGAUGACCCAUAUUACAACUAAUGUGGAAGAGGAGCCUGUCAAGAGAUGGGUUUUCACGUUGGAUGCUGGUGUUGAACCCAUUCGUAACUUCUCUGGAGCCGAGAUGCACCGCGAAGGAAACUUCAUGAUUCACAUCAACGGUACACCAUUCGCCCUCACACGGUACCCGAAGAGGUUUGCACACAAAUUCCGAACAAUGCGCCGAAGAGGAUGGAUAUCACCUUUUGUCAGCAUCAACAUCAAUACGCACUUUAAUGCCGUCCAUAUUGCCACUGACGAAGGUCGUAUUUGCCGGCCAUACAUUAUUGUAAAAAAUGGACAGCAGAAGUUGAAGCCAGAACACCUGCGGCUCUUACAGAUGGGCAAGGCCACAUUCGACGACUUCCUGCGCAAGGGUGUGGUGGAGUAUCUCGAUGUCAAUGAAGAGAACGAUGCCCUAAUCACCAUUUACGAGGACCAAAUCACACAGAGCACUACUCAUUUGGAAAUUGAGCCGUUCACGAUUCUGGGUGCUGUGGCAGGCCUGAUCCCUUUCCCCCAUCACAACCAAUCCCCACGAAACACCUACCAAUGUGCUAUGGGUAAACAAGCCAUUGGUGCUAUCGCAUACAAUCAAUUUAACAGAAUCGACACCCUUCUCUACACCUUGGUCUAUCCACAGCGACCUAUGGUCAUCUCUAAAACGAUCCAAUUGGUUCACUAUGAUAAACUGCCUGCCGGUCAGAACGCAACCGUUGUCGUCAUGUCUUAUUCAGGAUACGAUAUUGAAGAUGCCCUCGUUCUUAAUAAGGCAUCCAUCGACAGAGGGUUUGGCCGUUGCCAAGUCUUCCGCAAGUAUGCAACAGAGCUGAUAAAGCUCCCCAACGGGAAAAAGGACCGACUGGGCGAUCCUGACUACACACUAGAGAAGCAUGCUAUUCUCGAUACUGACGGGCUGGCCACGGUCGGCUAUCAGGUCAAGUCUGGAGAGGCCAUGGUGAAGAAGGAGACCCCAGAAGAUCAGACUUCGACGGGCAUUGGUCUUGAUCGCGGGUCUAACAUGUUCCGUGACGCUUCAAUUUCCUACCGAAUUCCGGACCCAGCCUACAUUGACAAAGUCAUGUUGUCUCGAACUGAGAAGGACUCAAUGGUGAUUAAAGUCCAGACUAGGCAAACUCGACGACCCGAAUUAGGUGAUAAAUUUUCUUCCCGUCACGGUCAGAAGGGUGUUGUUGGUAUCAUCGUCGACCAGGAGGACAUGCCGUUCGCUGAUAGUGGGGUUACGCCUGAUAUCAUCAUGAACCCUCAUGGUUUCCCCUCUCGAAUGACAGUCGGUAAGCUGCUCGAGUGCCUCACAGGCAAGGCGUCUAUCGUCCACGGUCGACCUGACUACGGUUUCGGAGACGCGUUCCGCUCACAUCCUCUGGAGGAAAUGAGUCAAGUGCUGGUGGAUCAUGGCUUCUCCUGGGAAGGCAAGGACUACUUCACGUCAGGCAUCACCGGAGAACCCUUGGAGGCAUACAUUUUCAACGGGCCAAUCUACUAUCAGCGAUUGAAACACAUGGUUCAAGACAAGAUGCAUUCGCGAGCCCACGGCCCCAUGGCGAUCCUCACCAGACAGCCCACUGAGGGUCGUUCAAGAGAUGGUGGUCUGCGUCUGGGAGAAAUGGAGCGUGAUUGUUUGAUUGCAUACGGAGCCUCUCAGCUGCUCCUGGAGCGAUUGAUGAUUAGUUCCGAUGGGACGGAGAUUGAUAUCUGCCAGCAGUGUGGCUUGUUUGGGUACAAGGGAUAUUGCCACACGUGUAAGAGCACGAGAGAAGUGGCCAAGAUGACGAUGCCUUAUGCAGCUAAGCUGCUGGUGCAAGAGCUGAUCAGCAUGAAUGUCGGCGUGCGUCUGCAACUCGAGGAUGAAUUCCCGCAUCCAAAACAAGUUUAA